CUUGUUAGGUAUUUUUAUUGGAUUGUCAACAAACAUCUAACCUUAGUGCCAAAUCAAGCUGUGUGGAAGAUGAUGAACGCACUUUUACAUUUUUACUCUUUCCUCCCAAUCUUGAUCAAGAAGAUAUUGAAGCUUCGGUUAUUAGGGUCCCAUUCUGCAACUUAGUUGUCGGAUUGUUAUCUCAUCAGAUUUUACUCCAGACUCUUGGUUCUAUGCUUUUGCAAGGAACACAAUAUAUGCUUCCUAUACUUAUGACUCUUUUGCCAUCAGAAAAUCCUGUGCCAUAUGUAGCUGAUGAAGUUAAAAAACCAGGCUUUCUUUCAAAAUUGUCUACUGGUCAGCUACAGAUAUUAUCCAGUUGUCUCGAAGAUUCAUAUGAAGUUGCUUGUAAUUUUGAUUUGAGACCAGGUUUGAAAUUUUUGAUACAGAAAGUAGCACAGACAGAUGUUGCUGCUAACUUGUAUAAACAAGCUGGACUUAGCUGGACCAUCCACAUGGUUGUGCUUUUUGAGCUCUGCAUGUCAAUAUCUCCUCUAACAUUAGAGUUUGUAAAAGCCAGUAUUUGUCAUGAGAAUGGUGCUGCCAUAUCUGAUUCAGAUUCUAGUAAAUCAGAUGGGCAUUUAAUGGCCUCUGUACCUGCUGGAAAUUCAGAGCAAGAAACUUCUUCAGAAAAUAACUUUAAUGAAUUUGUGAUGUUAAGGGAUAAAUUUAGAGAUAUAUGUGAAUUAUACACGGAACAUACUAUUGACAAAGAAGGGUUAGGCACAUUAGUGGAUAAGAUGAGUGAACAACCUAUAUUUUUUCUUGCUACUCCUAUUGAUGAAAUGAAUGAUUUUUUAUUUCCCUCAAAGCAAACUGAAUCUUACAGUGCAAAAAAUGAAAAUAAAGAAGAAGUGCCACCACAAGUUUGUUAUGAUAGCUCAGAUUCUGAGGAUUUAACAAAUAUUCAUGAAGAUGAAACUAAAGAUAAAAUUUAUACACUUGCUACUGAGCAGACUAUUAAUUCACUUAUAUCUGAGUAUAAGAAACGUAAAAACCAACAUUCCAUGCCUUCUAAAAUGAAAGAAAAGCUUUCACGAAAAUGUAGCUCUUCUGCCAAAAGAAAUUCAUCAAACAGUUCUCUCCCUGGAGAGAUUGCUACCCAAAGACGUAAUUCUAUAAUGAAAGAUGGAGAGGCACAUCUUCAGGUUUUUAAGCAACUGAUCCAGUCUGUUUUAGACCUGCAUCAGUCUCUUGCCAAUGAACAAUUCAAAGCAUUUUUGCCAGUAUUUUUUCCUGGUAUUCAGUUUUUAGUAGCUUAUGCUUCAGACAGGGAACUUCGAUUAGCAAUAUCUGAGUGGUUACAGAGACUUGCUGUGUGUUGUAAUUUUCACGUAUGACUUGAAGGAAAUGUAGAAAUCUCAUUGGAAAGUGAUCUUUUUAAUGUUUUAUUUGUGGAUGUAGGUUUUAUUACUAUGUGAUGCUUUUUAUUGAAGGAUAUUGAUUUUUAUGAAUAGAGUCAUUGGAAUGUGUCUAAUGCUAUACAAACAUGUAACAUUGUAUGUCCAGUAUUUUAUUUGCAGUUAUCAAUGUUGCUUUCAUUACACAUCAGAUUGCUAAGCUUAAACUGAAGUAUAUUGUUUAAAAUUUUAAUAGAUGUGGUCAUGUUAACGAAUCGAAUGAAACAUCUUUUUUUUAAAUCUAAUUUGUAUGUGUUUUGUUAUCGAGCCUAUUUCAGUUCAUUAUGUUAUUUUUGUGGUAAAUUACAUUGAAUUUCAUUUCACUGAAUACAAGUUAAAAGUACACAAACUCUAAACAAGCCACAAAAUAGAGCUUUCAAUUUUAUUAUGUUUGAUUUUAAUACACAGCAAAAGAUACCUAGUCAAAAAUUUUUUAAUGUAAUAGAAUUUUCCUUUGUGUGUGUGUGUGUGGUUUUUUUUUUUUUUUUUUUUUUUUCCCUUGUGUGUGUGUGUGGGAAGAAGGGGCUGAUUGUUUUUAUCUUUUAAUUACGAUGAUCAGAAAAAUUUAAUAUUUUUUUUCUUAAUGUGGUGUCAGAAAUCAGUGAUAUAAAUUAUGUGAAAAUUCAGCUAGAUACAACAAGUGUGGUAAUUCUGCAAAAGGCUGAUAACAUGUAACUGUAGAUUACAGAAAAAAAAAGUUAUAAAUUCAUUCAUAACUGGAAGUUUCCAAUAGAUUGUUAUAUUAUAUUAUAACAAUUAUAUAAUAUAAUAUUGUAAUAUUAUACAAAUUGUUCCUGAUAUAUUAUUUUAUGAUGAUUAUGGGUUAUAUAUAUAUAAAUUAUGUAUGCACGAUAUGGGCACCAUGUGUUGAGAAGCAAUAUUGAACCAUGACUAUCUUUAACAAUGUCCUAAGAAAUUUUAUUCUUUUUCUAGUAAAACAAACUUGUAUUAAAUCUUUUCAGUUAGUGGUAGUAACAUGCAAAAAAACAACAGAUCAACAUUGUUUACAAUUAAGUUAUAGUUUUACCAUUUAAGGUAUUUCAUCUCAAUAUGUUUAAUGUUUUAAAAAAACAGCUGGAGUAAAAAACUUAGUAUUUGAAUAUGAAAUCUAUUCCCAGUCUUUAAUGGCAAAGCAUAAUUCUGUGGGAAUAUGAGAAAGAACAGAGAAAGAAAAUUCUAAAUGAAGUGCUAAUAGUAAAGCUAUUAUUUCUCUUGUAAUCGAUUUUUAUUUUAUGUAUCAAGUUUUUUGUUUUUGAGGAGAUUUUUUUUAAUAAGAAUCUCAAUGCAUGUUUGUUUUUAAAUUCCCAUGAAAUUGCACUGCAUAUCUUCCAUGAAAUUAUCAAGCAUAUGUAUUAGUAAUUUCCAGAUUAUUAAAAUAAACUAAACUAAAUUAAAUGAUAAAAUUUUUAUGUGAUAUUUUUAGGUAUACGAAUUCUUGUUAGCAUACUUACAUGAAUAUUUGUUAACUCUGUUGUGAGUACUUUUUAUUUGCACUAAAUAGUGUCUAAUAAUACAUUCUAAAAAUCUUUGAAAUUGUGUAUCUAGUGUAGUAACAUUCUGAUUCAUAUAACAUGACCUUGCCCCAAAUCAAAGCUUAAAUAUUAGGUUAUUUUUUUAUUACUUUAUUUUUUAUAUCAAUGUUUCUAGUUAUAUGCUUUUGAUGUUUAAUAUAUAUAUAAUUGCUUCCAUGACCUGCCUUAUAGCCCAAGAAACCCAACAGAACAGCUCAAGACUAGCCUAUGCCAGGAUAGUCACGAAUGGCUUUCAAAUGUAAAUAAUAUCAUUUCAUAUACGAGAAUAUUUACAGCUUUUACACUACAAUAGAUUGUCAGGUAUUAUAAAAGAAAAAAAUAAUUUAAAUAAUUAUAAAAGAAUAAAAAUAGUAAGCCAGAAUAGUCCAUGCUGGAUAUUAUAAAAUAAUUAAAACAAUUAUCUUGAGGAAUAUACAAUAGAUUAAUGUCAGGUAUUAUAAAAGAGUGUAAUUACUAUUCCAGUCAAUAAGCCAUAAUGGGCCAUGCCUGAUAUUAUAAAAUAGUCACAGUGAGCAUUGUCAGUAGCUGCAUUAACAUUUGGAUGGCAGUAAAGUUUCAAAAGUUUUCAUUGAAAAAGAGAGGAAGUAGGAUGCUACUUCAUUCCUAUUUCAGUUGGCAUUGCAAAUGGAAACCUGCUCAUCUGAAACUUUGUAAUGGAUGGGUGGAUUUUCUUCACAUUAUCCUAAAAUGUUUUGCAUAUUGAUAUAUUGUUUAUAUAUUUCUUAAAGUAUGUUUUAAGAAAUAUUCAAAAUUUGUAUUUGGGCUGUUUUGUCAGGCUGUUUUAGAUAAAGGCUAUUUGGGCUGUUUCUUCAGGACUGUUUGUCUUGGGCUAAUUUGAUGUAUGUGGUGCUGUGUAAAAGCUGUAUAUAUUCACAUAUAUUAUUAAACAAUAAUUAUUUACAAGCCACUUUUUUUCAGGGCUAUUUUGGCAUGGGCUAUUUAAAUCUUGAGCUGUUCUAUCAGAGCACUUAUGGCUUGAGCUAUUUUGAUGAGGUAUCAAUGAGGAAUCAGUUGCUUGGUAUCUUAUUCAGUUAGAUAAAUAUGCACUUUUAUAAUGACACAAUAAAAUGAUACAAUGUGGUUGAAAAAUUUUUUAAUAUAUUUAAAGGAAUUCAAACUAAAACACUGAAACUAAACAAUGAAGCUUUCAAACUAAAACAUAUGAUACAUAGCUGUUAAUUGGGGUGUGCAGUAGAAACAAAAUUAGAGAAUUCAUUAGUAUCUACUACAUAAUCAUAGUCAGAAUUAAUGAUAAUACUACUAUCAUUUUUGUCAAAAUCUGAGUAAAAUAUUUUUGACAGUUUUGCAAAAGUAAUAAUUAAAUCAAUCUAGAUGUGUAUUGGCAUUAUGCCAUUUUUAUGUUUCCGAUUUGCAUUCAAAAUAAGAGAUACAUUCUUUUAUUAGUAAUAUUUUCCCAAUGAUUGAUCAUUUAUUUUGGUUCUUCAAUACACAUAUAGUUGAUCUUAAAUUAAUUUUUCUCAAAGUAAAUGCCUUUUAUUUUCAUAUAUGCGUAUAUUUAGUUAUGUUUAAUACUUACAUAUUGCAUUUUAGUUUUUGUGUUAAUAUAACAAGAAUUUCUAUUCUAUUAACGUUUCUUAAAAAAAAAAAAAAAAAAAAAAAAAAAAAAAAAAAAAAAAAUUGUUAUUUCAUUGAAGAAUAUUAUUCUGAUACAGAUAGUAAUUCUAAGGCUGUCUUAUUAAAGGAUAUAGGUGUGUAGGAUGAUAUAAUUUUUAAAGAACUCAUGUACAGUAUAAUAUUUUUGUUUAAUUUACUAUUAAGUAUUUUUUUUUACCUAAGGGUGAAAAAACAAACUUUCUGAGAGCUGAAACUUACUUCAUCAUGCCAUAAUUAUUAUAAUUAAUAUAAAUGUAAUAUUUAGAGGUAGAAGAAAUCCUAAAUUUUCUCAAAUCUGUAUUCUCAUAGGUUUGCAAGCUUUUCAAAUCUCAGAUCUUUUCUCACACAAUAAAAACAGGAAAGAAAUAACCUGUACUUGACAUUAAAAGUUUUGAUGACUCAAAAUUUGAAAUCUCCAUUUAAUGAAAAAUAAAUUUAAGAAUGCAGUUUUUAAAAAUACACCUGUGUUUAUUAAAAAGAUGCAAACGAAGUUUAAUCAACCCUUACACAUAAAUAAAAUUCUUGAACAUGAGGUUCAUUAAAACAGUUGAAACUCGAGUUUCAUUUCUGCAACAUGAUUUGGCAAAAAAUAUUUUCGUAACAGUUCAUUUUUACUUCCUUGUACGAAGUAAAAAGGAAGUAUUGUAAUCGCGAAAAGUUUCAGGCAGCAUAUUUCAACGAAAAUAUUCAUUUUUGACCGCUAUCGAA